AUGGCAUGCUUGCCUCGCAGUGCGCUCGUGGCAGCAAUUCUACUCGCUGCCGUCGUGGCUGGCGGUCGCUGCGUUUCGGGGCAGAGGAACAACCCGUUAGGCGAGGUGAUGGGGGUGUUGGCGUCGGAGUGGGGCAACGAUAACCUUGCAUCGGUCACAUGCCAGGAGGACUCCCUGGAUAUCCUCCUCUGCAACAACCACGGCCAAGUGAUCGCUAUGCACCUGGAUGGAGUGGCAUAUGACUUACUAACCACCAUACCUGCGCACAUUGGCAACCUCACUACCCUCACAUACCUGAGCAUGGUGGACAACUCACUCACGGGCUCUCUUCCAGAGUCAUUCAGCAAGCUCGUUGUGCUGCAGUAUUUGGAUGUGAGCAACAACUUGAUAUCACAGCCCCUCAAUGCCAUCAUAACCCUCGCUUCCCUCACCUACCUGAAUAUGAGUAGUAACCUCAUCAGCGCACCACUGCCACCAGGAAUGAGCAACCUGCUAGCACUUGACUACCUAGACUUGAUGAGCAACAGCCUGGACAAGGUGCAAGCUGUCUCCGCCCUCACCAACCUCAAAUUCCUGAGACUGGAAGAAUGCUGGAUAGAACCUGCACCUCUAACCAUAUUCUCCCCGUUGGUGGCAUUGCGUUACUUGAACCUGUUCAACAACUCGUUUGAAGGCUCUCUUGCUGCCCUCUCAACACUCACUCGCCUCCAACACCUGGACUUGGCGGACAAUUACAUAGGACCAAGCAUACCCUCCACUGUAUUGCGCCUCACAGGGCUCUCUUACCUCGAUCUCUCGCUCAAUAAUCUGAGGGGCCCCAUCGACCCCCUCACAUCCCUCACUGCACUGCAAGACCUGGUGUUAUACACCAACCCUCUAUCAGGCUCUUUUCCUGAGUCCAUCUCACGCCUGUCUCGCCUCACCUUUCUUGAGAUUGGCGCCACCAACUUCACAGGCACCCUUCCCGCAUCCCUUGGCCAAAUGACCGCUCUAAAAAAUCUGGGCUUGGAUCGCACAACAAUUGGGGGGUCGCUGCCAGCAUCCCUGGGCAACCUCACGCGUCUUACUGCGAUCUUGUUCGACCCGCUCAGUAAAACGUUGGGCCCCAGGUGUGGCAAGGAGGGAGCGUGCGUGGUGAAUCAAACUGCCUUCACGGCUUUCUGCAACGCCUGCCCUGACUUCUGUCUGACCUGCUCGCCCCCAGGCCUCUGCACUGGCUGCAAAGUGUCUGAACCCCAGCCAGAGCUACCCGCAGGAAUCAACAGCAACGGCAGCAGCAGCAGCAGCGGCAGCGGCGGAUUGUCGACGGGGGCAAUUAUUGGCAUCGUGUGUGGGGUGGUGGUGCUGCUGCUCGCACUGCUGCUCGCCAUCCUCUUCUUUCUCUACCGGAGGAGGAAGAAGGUCUCUCGCUUCGGAGCGUUGGCGAAGGGCGUGUGUGUGGAGUAUACAAUGAAGGAGAUGGCGCAGGCCACCAACAACUGGAUGAUUGUUGUCGGUCAGGUGAGCGAGAUGGCAACGAAGCACCACCCCAACCUGGUGCGCCUGCUGGGCUACGCCACGUGUGGGGACCUGCGGGAGCGCAUCGAGCAGAUCCUCGUCUACGAGUUCAUCCCCAAUGGGGAUCUAGACAAGUGGCCCGGCAAAGUUAGCCUCUGGGCUACACCCACUCUUAGCCGCUGCAAUUGCGCCUUUUCUACCUCCCCUCACGUCCUUCCACCUCUUCCCAACCUGUUCCACCACUUCCCCCCCCAACACCCACAGGUUCGGGAGAAGCUGGGCCAGGGGUCACUGGAGGAAAUCGCAGACCCCCGCAUGGGCCCCGUCCCUCCAGACGCCCUGCAGCGCAUGGCUGAUCUGGCAGUGCGGUGCUGUGGCACCUUCACUGCGGAACGCCCUUCCAUGGGCCGCAUUGCCCAGGAGAUGGAGGCGUUGCGGACUGAGGUGGGCGGUGGAGAGGAGCCGGUGCACAACAAGUCUUACAUGAAGGUGGAUGCCGAGCUGAGGGAGAAGAUGUUGUAUCAGAGUCAGAUUAGCGAGGACAAUUUGAACGAUGCCCUUGCCUCGAUUCCCUCGGAGAGAGUAGCACAAGGGACAUGGGGAGUAUCAUAUGAGGGAGACAGAUGGCAUGAGACAUGGAAGAAAUGA